AUGUCGGACUCUCCAACAGCCCGAGAGGCCGCCGAGCCCUUGGGAUUUUCGGAGAUGCAAGAUCGACUUCUAGCGGCUGUUGUGGCCACCGUCAAAACUUCCUCCGGUCUUGCUGCUGAAGAUGUAGACUUCCAUAGAACUUCCAAUUCUGAGUUUGGGCCUUCCCUGGAUGACUGCAAUCAGCGAAUACUUGCCAUCACAAAUACUCUGCUGGCUAGCGCAACGCGUGGGUCUGAUAUCUCGGUACCGAAUUUGAAGGAGGCGGAUGACGUCGAGAAUCACUGGAUGAAGAUUGUGGAGGUUAUUGAUGAUCUGUUGGAGAAAGCGGUGUGUGCAGUAUUCUCUAUGCGUGUGCCAAGAAUUCUAAUGGUGCUUUUGUGUUUAGGACACCUGCCUGGACGAGUAUACUGGUGCCAUUAAGGAGAAGAAUACGGUGCCAUUUCCGGAUGCCCGAGGGCCUGAGAUGGUAUGCUCUAUCAGGGCGGGACAAUGUUUGGGUGGUAGGAUAGUAUGCUGACUCUGAUCAUUGGUUUGACUAAGGUGCCUAGCCCAAGCCGUCCUUCGAGGAGGUCAAUACAGAAAAGCGCAAACAUUCCAAAGCCGCAAUUACUAUUCAAAGAGAAUAUCGACAAUUUUGAUUCUACACCGUGGAAGCCACGUUUAACUUCUAAACCUCAUGCUGUGACACCCCUCAGUGAGAGCAUUUAUUUGUUCACAAACGAACUGGAAAUCAAUGAGUAUUUAUCCAAGAGACAACGUAAACGAGAAAAACAGCGUCUAAUCAAGAGGCCUAGGUACGCGCAUCCGUAUCAGUCGGAAAUUGAGUCCAUGCAAUACCCCAGAGAGGUCUAUAGUUGGAUGGAGCCAAUACCCUCCAGGGAUUGGGAUGAGAUUCCUCCAACCUGGGUAGACACCCCGAAGGCGCUUCAGGAGAUGAUAAAAGACAUGCGGAGAUGUACCGAGAUCGCUGUAGACCUAGAACACCAUGAUACCCGGACUUAUGUUGGUCUGACAUGCUUGAUGCAGCUGAGCACCAGAGAUGACGAUUACAUUGUGGACACAUUAACGCUCCAUGGGCAGCUUGAGCCGCUGAAUGAAAUCUUCGCGAAUCCUAAAGUUAUCAAGGUUUGCUUUUAAUUCUUAAAAGACUGGUGUCCGCUGUAAGUAUGUUUGUUGACUGAAAAAUACAGGUUCUGCACGGCGCCUUUAUGGAUAUAAUAUGGCUGCAGCGCGAUCUUGGGCUUUACAUAGUUGGUUUAUUCGAUACCUUCUAUGCCGCCCAGGCGUUGGGUUUUGACCGCUUUAGUCUUGCUCACGUUCUGAAGAAGUAUGUCGACUUUGAUGCCGAUAAGAAGUACCAGAUGGCAGAUUGGAGGAUGAGGUAUGACAUAAGAUUCUCUUACCUUUCCCUGUCGUCCACUUACGGGUGUGGGGCAAUAGGCCACUGCCCAAGGAGAUGCUGGAUUAUGCUCGCUCGGAUACCCAUUACCUACUCUACUGCUUCGACUGCAUGCGAAAUUCUCUUGUAGAGAAAUCACGGGGCGAUGUCGAGCACGUCUUGCAGAAAUCGAAGGAGACCGCUCUCCGACGCUAUAUCCGAAACACCUACGAUGCGGUGACCGGAGAAGGGACUUUUGGAUGGGCGUCCCAAAUUGUCAAGUUCAAGCUCAAUCGCAUACAAGAGUUUGUGUUCAAGGCGGUCCAUGCUUGGCGCGAUAAGGCGGCCAGAGAAGAGGAUGAAAGCCCAUCAUAUGUUUGCUCACGGAGCACUCUGGGAACUCUUUCGACCGUAAUGCCGGUUGAUUAUGAUGGAGUCGCCAGGUGUAUUCCUCACACCAAUUAUCUUGCGAGGAGGAGAAUCAGUGAAAUCGUGGAAGCGAUCAAAGGGGCACUAGAACAAGCGGAUCGGGCUGAAGAGGCGGUAACAGCGACAGCGGCACCGGCACCAAGUGCUAGCGAAGCAACCGUGAACAUCUUCGGAGGUACUACAGUUGCCGAAGCCAGGUCCACGGCUUCCUCCAAGUUCUGGGGCAAUGCAUGCGGAAGUAGCAAGUGGGACGGGGCCGCAGCGCCGAGGUCGGCACUGGGAGAGGAAAUUAGAUUCGCCAUUCCCCUCCCAGAACUGACAGCUGCAGUCUUUGUCUCGGGGCCGCCCUUCGCGUCAUCGCUCAACACCCGGGAGAAACCAAUUGAUCCUGGGGCACGUGCGGAGCACCAGUACGUGAAGGACCGGGGUGGAACGAAGGAAAAGGGGAUUAUCGUUGUAAAAUCCCUUGGUGGUGGUGGUAGAAAGAGAAAGGCAUCAGGAGUGGAGCAGGAGGGUGACGACGCGACGUCGGACGAUCAUAACGCCCACUCGCCAGGUUAUUCUUCACAUGGAGGGAAUGGCCGUGAAGGAUCGGAAGGGGAAGAAGAUGACGACGAUGAGAGCGGGGGACCGUUAGGAGUCAAUACUCCAACCCCCCUAGGUGGGCCAAUGGGCGUUAACAACAUGGGGGCUGAGCGCAGGACCAGGAAAAGGUUUAAAAACUCCACCGGGCAGGGGGGGCAGGAAGCUAACGCUCCAACCAGAGGGACCUCCCAUGUCGACGUUCGCGAUGGCUCUUUCGAGCCGUUGGAUUACUCGAAAGCUCCUUCCGUCCUGCAUGGCGAGAAGCGCAGCGAGGGCAAGCAGGGCGCAGAUGGCAGCAAAAAAUCUUCUAAAUCCAAGAAAUUUGAUCCGUAUUUCAAGUUCGGAGGGGGUCCAAAAGGCAUGCGUAGGAGCCAGCAGGAGAAGGCAGGGAAAUCGCUGACUUUCAAGAACUAG